UUAUACCGUGGGCUGCGGCGAUUGGGUAGAAUACCUGUUUGGCAAUUUUUUACAAAAAAAAAUGUAAAUACACAGGUGGCGGCGACAUGGGUUGUAGUGUGGUUUAUGUAAAUAAAACAGAAGUGAAACCGCGCCGUUGUGUUCUGGUCUCCAUGCGCGGCCGACUCGCGCAAUGUUUGACACUCAGGUGGAGGAAAGACUUUAGAGUUUAACAAGAGCAGGUGACAGCUGUGCGGUCAUGCCUCAGCUCAGGGCCUCGGCGGUGCUGCAGAUCGCGCUGCUGCUCUCCGCUGUUCCCGCGCAGUACUUCAUCUCCCGGUGGAGCAGCUCCUCGGCGGCGCAGCGCUAUCACGCGACCACACGAUUGCUUCGAAUAUGGAAAGAGUGGAGAAAAUCAUACAUCAAUGUAACAGCAUGGACAGACUGGACAAGCCAGCAGAUGUCCAAAGCCAUGUCUCUGGUUGGAUUGGGACAGGAAGAUCAAGCAACACCAGAGUUACCUCCCACAGACACCAUGCUUUUUGACAAUGACCAGGGAUUCUUUGGUGCAUCCAAGACAGUGCGCAGCCCUCGUCCCCCAUACGUGUUUCUGCGGGUCGGAGAGGUGGUGAUGGAGACAAAGGGACACAUGGUUGGAGUCGUGGUGAGCUGGGACCCUGAAAUGCGAGCUCCUCCAGAUUGGGUCGACACAACGUACUUUGGCCUUUCGGGCACCAGAGCAGAAAAUACACCUCAUUACAAGGUGAUCUUCAGCGGACCUGUACCCUCCUCCAUCGUAGUUGCGUACUUGCCUCAGACGCAAUUGGAGCGCAUCACUGGGAUGCGGCCAGAUAUUCCCAUCUUGGACAACUACUUCACGCACUUUAAUGGGAAACGGUUUGUCAUGCAGCCCUGGCUCAGAGAGCUCUUCCCAGAAGACGAGGAUGAGGACGACUGACUCUGGAGUAUGAAAGCCCUAACCAAGAGACACUUUUAUCCUUUGGCUUCUGUGGUGUUCUUCAGCUGUUUCUGUUCUUUUGGUCUACUGGAGUCUGAUGAUGAGUGGGUACAAAAUGCCACUGCCAUCUUCAUAAACAGUAGUCGAUCCAGUGAGCUCAAAUAAGAGUUGAGGAUAAUCAUCAAAUCCCUCCUUUCUGGAACUCACUGUUAGGGUGCCUUUAAGGGAGUUGGUGUGCAUUAUGAAAGAUGAAGAAAUGUGAUUCAGCUUCUGCGUUAUCAUUUAUUUCUCUCAAGUUUACAAAUACAAAAUAAUUUAAUGGGUCUAAAAAUGUUAAAACAAACAAAAAAUUAAUUUAAUUCUGUUUAAAAUAGAACUGAAUUGUUUGCCUAAUUUUUAGAAGACAGACUGAAGGAGAUUCUUUAAAUUGCUUUUAAAGUCAAAAUAAAUGUAUUAUUUUUUUAUUGCUGUAAAGUG